AUGGCAACCUCUCUGGUCUGCCAUGUAUGUGGUGAUCGAAGCUCCGGGAAACAUUACGGAUCCAUCUGCUGUGACGGAUGUUCAUGUUUCUUCAAGCGAAGCAUCCGGAAGCGUGCACUGUACACGUGUAUCUCUGGCCAGGGCGGUUGUGCAGUUGAUAAGGCUCGAAGGAAUUGGUGUCCAUUUUGUAGACUGCAAAAGUGCUUCACGGUUGGAAUGAAUGCAACUGCCGUGCAGGAAGAACGUGGACCUCGGAAGAAUAGAAAACUACAAGCGAGAAUUAUGCUGAAAAAAUCGGUGCUUUUGAAUUUGAGUGCGGAAUUUCGGACCCCAGAAACCAUUCUUCCAUCACAAAUCCUCGCCCAAGUGCUGGUAGCCUGCAUCCGUCAGGCUCGGGUCAACGAGAGCUUUGCGUCGUUCAGUCGAGAGCAGCAGAACCAAAUCCUUCGUCACGUCUGGUUCGAGUGUUUUAUUCUACGUGUUGCCAACUGGUCCAUCGACAUUUCUUCAAUAGUGGAAAGAUGUGCCGAUGAGUCGCUACGAGAGAUCGUCCAACGAACGAAGGCACUUCGAGUGGAUCUAAUCGAAAUUUCUCUACUUGAAACGAUGAUACUUUGCCGAAAAGAAUUCGCCCUGAGUGCAAAGGAAACUCAACAACUGGAAAACACAUCCGAAACGGCUCUGAUCGCCCUCGGCCAUUACAGCAUGCAACAGAUAAACGCUGUCCGCUUCGGAAAGCUUCUACUAGGAUUGAGAGGUUUAUCGAUGCACUGCUACGAGGCCUCGGUACGUGCAAUGUUCCGAGAGGUCGCCGGCGAUGGUUUAAUGGAGCACUUUGUAACCAAAUUAUAGAGGGCGAAAGGUUAAUGUUUAUGAGUG